CGGGGCGGGCGGAAGCGGAAGUGGCCGUGGGUCGCGGCGGGGGAAGAGGGUGUUGUGCUUUGCCUUUGCCAGCCGGCUGCUGUCAUGGAUAUACCAGUCUUCAUACUCGCAGGGCUCCUUGUGCAUUGUGUUUUCUUGGUCUCCAUUUUUGACAUCUACUUCAGCUCUCCCCUCGUCCAUGGAAUGACUCCUCAGCAGACUCCACUGCCACCUCCAGCAAAACGUCUCGUGCUUUUUGUUGCUGAUGGUCUGCGAGCAGAUUCUCUGUAUGAAUUGUACAGCAAUGGCACACCCCGGGCACCUUACCUGCGGAGUAUUCUAGAGAAUAAUGGCAGCUGGGGAAUCUCUCACACCCGGGUCCCAACAGAAUCCAGACCAGGGCACGUUGCACUUAUUGCUGGGUUUUAUGAAGAUGUCAGUGCAGUUGCUAAAGGAUGGAAGGAGAAUCCAGUGGAAUUUGACUCUGUUUUCAAUGAAAGUAAAUAUACCUGGAGCUGGGGAAGCCCAGAUAUUUUACCGAUGUUUGCAAAAGGUGCUACUGGAGAUCAUGUUUAUACAUUUUGCUAUGCAGCAGAAAGUGAAGACUUUGGAGCAGAAGAUGCCGCCAAGCUUGACAUCUGGGUUUUUGAUCACGUUAAGAGCUUCUUUAAUUCUUCCAGAAGCAAUCAAACAUUAUUCUCUGCACUGAAUGAAGAGAAAGUGGUUCUGUUCCUGCAUUUGCUAGGCAUAGACACCAAUGGACAUGCUCAUCGGCCAAACUCAAGGGAAUACCAGGAAAAUAUUAAACAAGUUGAUGAGGGUGUGAAGGAAAUUGCUUCAUUGAUUGACAAUUUCUAUGGGAAUGAUGGAAAGACUGCGUUUAUUUUAACUUCUGACCAUGGAAUGACAGAUUGGGGAUCCCAUGGAGCUGGUCAUCCCUCAGAAACUUUAACACCACUGAUUGUUUGGGGUGCUGGGGUGAAUUAUCCACAGAAAGUUACAUCCCAGUCCUUUGAAGACAAUUUUUUGAAAGAAUGGAAACUGGAGAACUUGAAGAGGCUUGAUGUCAAUCAGGCUGAUAUAGCACCACUGAUGGCUUCCCUUAUUGGUGUGCCUUUCCCCCUGAACUCUGUGGGAACUCUGCCUCUGGAGUAUCUGAACAGUAGUGCUCUUUUCAAAGCAGAGAGCAUGUUUACCAAUGCUGUCCAGAUUCUUGAGCAGUUUAAGGUUAAGAUGAGUCAGAAAAAGGAAACGACAUUGUCAUUUCUGUUCACACCAUUCAAACCACUUUCUGCUUCUGAACAGAUCAACUUUUUAAAAAAAAUAAGACUAUAUAUUCAACAGCAGAAGUACGAUGAAGCGGUAUCCCUGUGUAAAACCCUGAUUAACCUUGCUUUGGAAGGCUUGUCUUACUACCAUACAUAUGACAGAUUAUUCCUGGGUCUAAGCAUUGCAGUGGGUUUUGUGGGCUGGACAACUUAUGUGAUUUUGGUCAUUAUCAAGGCACAUACCAAUUUGACCAAGACUGUCCCAACUAAUAAAAAGAAAUCUACUAUUCUCUUCUAUGGUUUUACCUCUACUGGAAUGAUAAUAGCUUUUUUCCUGUUGAUUCAAAAAUGUCCUUGGACAUAUUAUAUAUACUGUCUCUUGCCAGUGCCAGUAUGGUAUGCAGUUGUGAAAGAAAUUCCUGUCAUUCAGGACCUUGCCACAAAUGUUUUGUCACUUCACAUUGGUCAAUCUAUAGGAUUCCUCUUGGUUUGUAUACUGGGAAUUGAAAUACUAGUCUUCAGCUUUUUCUACCGCUCUGCACUUACUGUUGGGCUUCUUGCCUUUGCUGGCUGGCCAGUGAUCACACGGCUGUGGAUCCAAGCUAAGACAAAAGCAUUGAUCUGGACUUUCCUGUGUGUGCUCCUGGCAAUAUUUCCAUUAAUGCCUGUUGUAGGAAGAGAACCAAAUAUUCCUCUGGUAAUAGCAGCUGGUUUGCUGACCCUCUUGAUAUCUUUCUUCUCGUUGGUAUCUCUUCGUAAAAGUGAAAAUAAGUACAGAGAUAAUGAAGAUCUGAAAGUGUAUUUUUAUCAGAUGUUCAGUGUUGCGCUUUCGACAUAUGUCGUGGGCAGUACCCAUAACAGUCUUGAGAUGAAACAGGGAUUACCUAUAAUGAAUCAAAUUAUUAGCUGGAUGACACUAGUUUCUUCCCCAGUGUUGCUGCUACUGAGCCCCACGUUUCUCUUUGAGAGACUGUUCAGCAUAUUGCUCUCUGUGAUGUCCACCUACCUACUCCUCAGCACAGGGUAUGAAGCUCUUUUUCCACUGGCAUUGUUUGGUUUGACGUUUGUGUGGAUAAAUAUGGAACAAGAAGCGCUACAGCACUAUGGUCUUUCACUCAAACCAAAGCUUGCUGUUUUCAACUUCACCUGUGCUAUGGAUAUAACUCAGUUUCGACAGCUCCACCUGGAUGAUGUCCGGAGGUCCUUCUUCUUUGUUUUCUUCAUAGUGACAGCCUUUUUUGGCACUGGAAACAUAGCUUCUAUAAACAGUUUUGAUCCUGCUUCUGUCUAUUGUUUCUUGACUGUGUUCAGUCCCUUCAUGAUGGGAGGCUUACUUUUACUGAAGGUUGCAAUCCCAUUUGUUCUGGUAUCAUGUGCUUUCGAAGCUGUUCAGGUCACAACACAGCUGUCUUCUAAGAGCCUUUUCCUCAUUGUUCUUGUGAUUUCAGACAUUAUGGCUUUGCAUUUUUUCUUUUUGGUUAAAGAUUAUGGAAGCUGGCUGGAUAUUGGCACAAGCAUCAGCCACUAUGUGCUGGUGAUGUCACUGACCAUAUUUAUGAUGGUGAUGAAUGGACUGGCCCAGCUGUUAACUACACAGAGACUUGGACUUCCCAGAAGGACUAAGCACCAUUCCACGUGAUAAAGCAUCCUCAGGUUGCCUCUGAACCAACCUCCAGCUCUGGAAUGUAAAUAAGGGUUAAUGGACUAGAGUGCCAAAAUCCCAUCCAGCGAUCAGAGUGCUGUGCUGAUACAGAUUAAAUGCUGUCACAUGACUGAAAUUUGCAUUUGACGGUUGCCAUUUAGAUACCAAUGGGAAUAUGGGAAUAAAAAAGUCUCUUUAUUCUUCAA